AUGAGCAAUCAGGCGCCGGAAUGGUAUGAAAUGAAGCAAAGCCCGAUAGACGCCGCACACACCAUCCAAUUCCCGCAGAUUCUUGCAGUUCCGACUAACAAUGGAGACCACUCGUAUCAUCCUCCUUUCGGUGGUUCCGUCGCAAACCCGCAUGUAAAGAAAGGGGGCACCAAUUCAAUAAGGAUUUAA